CCACCUCCCCCCCUCAACACUUGGAGACUCUGCAGCGAUGGCGCCUGCGUCUUCAUCCGCCGCUGCGGCGGCGGCAGCAGCAUCCGCAACAACCGCGAACGCAGCGGCAGCGUCGACAGCUGAAGGUAAGGCUGGCGAGGACCCAGAUGCGGUCGAGUCGCGCGUAGACUUUACCGCGCUGCCGACGGCACAGCUCGACACGUACAUCUCAUACUACGAGCUGGCGCCCGCGUUCCCGCCCGCGCUCGACCCCGCGCCGCCUAUCCUCGACCCAGAGUACGAGACCAGCAGCUAUAAUGCCCAGAACGGAGAGGUGGAACGCGCCGCGGAGGAUGAAGAGGAGGAUGGCGCAGACGACGACAACAACAACGGCGACGGCGAAUAUGACGAUGCGGAUCGGGACUACGGCUCAGCAGACGAAGCAGAGCGUGGGCGCAAACGAAGGCGAACGACAAAGGCAAAAGCAACAGACCGGAGCCUAGACCGGCAACAGCCGCCGCCGCUUGGCCGAAGAGCAGCUGCGGCGCUGGCCAGCGAGCGCCUUGCAAGCAACCGACACGACCCCUUUGGCCUUGGGCUCGACGCGAACAGCAGCGGCGCGGAUGGCAACGAUUACGCUGCGCAUACGAGCAGCCUGUCGUAUGCCAGCGCUGCGGGCCGCGCAGGCGCUGCAGGUGCGGGUGCAGGCGAGCUGGCGCCAGGCGCGCACGGCAGCAGCGGCGCGACUGCGUGCCCAGAGAGCUUCUUUGACGGCGACGCGGCCACCAAGUACCUCGCCGCCGUCGCGGGGCGACACUUUCAGUCGCUUCCACAGCCAAAGGAGGGCGAGAUUGUUGUCGGCUUCCUGUACAAGUGCAGGACCAAAGACAAGAUCCUCAAGAUUGCGUGAGUCGACCCGCUCACGCUGCGACCUCGCCCUACUCCCUUCGUCAUCCUGCACUCUCUCGCUUGGGCCUCUGUAUUCAUAUUGCGAAACCUCGCAACCUGGCCCGCGGAGCAUUCACCUCUCCAUGUACAUAUACUCGCACGUACCCGGGACCUGUGUAGCAUAGCAUCGCACAGCACAGCAUAGCACAGCACAC